AUGAAGAUGGAGAGUUUGAUUUACACACUAAAAUCGCCAGAACCAUCUCCGACAUUCUUAACCUUAAUCUUGACAAAACUAAUGAAAGGUAUAUUACAUACAAAUAUUUUGAACUAUAAUAUAUAUAAUCGCUGGGGAAAUUGUAGAUUUACAGUUUUAAAGAUUAAGAAAGAAUUAAGUACAGUGGGAGGAUGCAAGAUAACACAUGACACAUUAAACAUUAAACUCAGAGAUCAAUACAUCAUAGAUCAACUGAAUGUAAUGUCAGAAAGUGACCGGUUGAACGUUGGGAAGCUGACCGAUGAAACUGUUCUAGUCGACUACUUUAGCCCAAACGUAGGCAAAAACUUACAUAUGGGUCACAUAAGGUCACUAGGAUUAGGGCAAGCUAUUUCUAAUCUUCUAGAUUUUUCAGGCAGUAAAGUGAUUCGUCGAAACCAUGUGGGUGAUUUCGGACUUCAAAGUGGGAUAAUAAUGCGUUAUAUUAUUGAAUAUGACACCAGGGCAAUGGAAGCGCUGAACCCAGCGACUUGUAACCGUUCCUUUAUGAGGGAAUUAUUUCGAUACCAACAAAUUGGGUUCUCUCCCCUCGAGUACAGCUACGAGUACAACACCAAGAAUUUAACCCUUUCAUUUCCUUUAUUCGCCUACGGACUCGUAGUCGAUACUAUUGACGACUACUACAAACUCGCCUUUGAGAAGUUCUCUUCAGACCAAGAGUUCGCACGGAGAGCUAAAAUUGAAACUUAUUUGCUCCAAAAUGAAAAGAGUUUCGCAAAUCCACAGUGGGAAAAUGUUAAUCAUAUAUCUCUUGUACAGUAUAAUGACAUUCUCGACUAUUAUUAUAUAAAGGGUCUCAAAAAUAUUCCUGAAAGUUUAUACAAGAAUGUAACAAAUAGGCUUAUUGAAGAGUUAAUAAAGGAAAAAAAGGUUGAUCAAAAUGACAAAGAAGUCGUUUAUACUAUUUCCAAAUCCUCAAAACAGCAUAAUAAACCUGAUAAUUCAGAUAACGUUGAGGUUAAAAAGGAGGAUAAAACUGUGUUGAGGACUAGGGAAGGAAGUUUGACAUACAUGGCUACGGAUUUAGGAGCUUUAUCGCAUAGAAUUGGUUGGAACAAGCCUGACAGGAUUAUUUAUGUUACUGAAAAUAAUCAAAAGUCUCAUUUUCAAAAGUUAUAUACUAUAAUAUACGUUCAGCUGUAUAAAAUUGCGAAAAAAUUGAAUAUUUUGAAGACGUGUAAGAUGGAACACGUUGGAUUUGGGCAGAUAGGACUUGAAGGUACUGGGAAGAUCCGGUCUAGAACUGGAAAUACCUGUACUAUUAAGGACAUCACUAAGCAAGUUGUUGAACUAGUAACUGAGAAAUUUGUUAAGCGGGGUGAUUAUUUACGACUUAAGCAUCCUAUUGCGGCCAGAAAAAUAGGUGUUGGAUCUAUAUUAUUUAGUGAUUUAAGUGUGGAACCGAAAUCGGGUUACAAUUUUUCUAUAGAACGUUUAAUGAAUCAGGGAUAUAACUUACUAAUCGCAAUUCUUUAUUCAUAUGUUCGUAGUAAAUCUAUUCUUGAGCGUUGUGAAUCAUUACCUCAAAUUCCUUCCAAUGAGUUCCGAAAUGAGUACGAACGUAAAUUGGGAAUGUUGUUGUUAGGAUUUGAGAAUAUGAUAGCUGCUUCCAUAUCAAUGAGAGAGCCUCACAGGGUGUGUAAAUAUCUCACAAAUUUGUCAAAAGGCUUUAACCAGUUUUACGAAAAAACUCCUGUAAUUGUGGAUGAUAAGGUAAAUUCACUUUCUUAUAAGUUGGUUAAAAUGACUUCAAAAGCAAUAGAAAUCGGUCUCGAUAUUUUAAAUAUACAAACUGUUAAACAAUUAUAA